AUGGCCAAGGCCAACCUUCAAGCCCGAGACGACGCCCUUUUCCCUCUCUUAGAGAAGGUGGAAGAGUUCCUGACCAGCGAACGUCGAGUGAUGCUUGUUUUAGGCGAUUCCGGAAUCGGCAAGUCGACAUUCAGUCGACACCUGGAACGCCAACUCUGGACCGGCUACAAGCAAGGCGAUCCUAUCCCUCUCUACAUCAACCUGCCUUUCGUUGACAACCCGGCACACGAACUAGUCGAGAAAGUACUAUAUUACCACAACUUUCUUAACAACCAGAUUCUAGAGAUGAAGCAACACCGCCACUUCAUUCUCAUCUGUGACGGAUACGACGAAAGUCAGCUCAAGGUCAACAUCCACACCACCAACCUGUUCAACCAACCCGGGCAGUGGAAGGUCAAAGUCAUCAUCAGUUGUCGCACCCAGUACUUGGAACUGGACUACCACUCUCGGUUCCAACCUCAGCCUGUCGAUCGAUGUCAGAGUGCUCGGCCGGACCUCUUUCAGGAAGCUGUGCUUGCACCCUUCUCCAAGGCACAAAUCGAUGACUAUGUCUCCCGCUACAUCCCUCUCGAGUCACGAUCCUGGAUAAAGGAGGCCUACAUGCGGAUAUUGGCCACAGUUCCCAACCUCAUGGACUUGGUUUCGAAUCCUUUUCUUCUUACUCUUGCACUGGAGGCGAUGCCUAUUAUUGCCGACAGGGAGCAUAAUUUUUCGGCCGUCAAGAUCACGCGAGUUGAACUCUAUGACGCUUUUGUUGUGUACUGGUUGGGUGUCAAUAAACGUCGUCUUGAGAGCAACGCUCUGUCGUCCGGCGACCGGAGAGUCUUUGAUCAGCUUUUGGAUGCAGGAUUUUAUUCGAUGGGUCUCGGCUACUCUACGAGAUUGGCGAUGGCGAUCUUUGAGAGACAGGGUGGAAACGCGGUAGUCCAGUACAUUCACACUCACGACAGUGGGACAUGGAAGGAAGAGUUCUUUGGAUUAGAUCCAGAGGUCCGAUUGUUGCAGGAAUCAUCCCCAUUGACCCGCUCAGGCUCUCGGUUUCAAUUUCUUCACAGAUCCAUGUUCGAGUAUUUCUUCUCUCGCACCAUCUACACGCCUGCCAGGAGUGACGCCGACCUUGAUUCAGAUGGCGAUAUUGGAUCCCCCGCUUUUCAAUUGACCGAUGAGCCAUCCAUUCUCCAGUUCCUCUCCGAUCGUGUGAAGCCAGACCCAGAUUUCGAACAGCAGCUCCGCUCAGUCAUCGACCAGUCCAAGACCGAUCCGGCAGCCAUCAUUGGAGCCGCCAAUGCCAUCACGAUCCUGGUCAAAGCCGGUGCGCUCUUCCACGGUGUCGAUCUCCAGGGUAUAAAGGUCCCUGGUGCAGACCUUUCUGACGGUCAGUUUGACUUUGCUGUGUUUCGAGGAGCUGAUUUGACGGGGGUCAAUUUCGCGAGGAGUUGGUUGCGACAGGUGGAUAUGAGCAUGGCACUGCUGGAGGGAGUGCGAUUUGGAGAGCUACCUUAUCUCGAGGUGGAGGGCUACAUAAAAGACUGCGCCUACUCGCCAGAUGGAAAGAUGCUUGCUAUGGCGCUGGUGCAGGCCAUUGUUGAGAUUUACGAUACUACAUCAUGGACAAGGGAAUUGCCUUCUCCCCCUACAGGCCAAUGGAUUGCUUCUUCCAGUGAAGACGGAACAGUGCGGCUGUGGGACGUUUCCACAGGCACCCAAGAUUCUAUCCUGCCAGGACGUGAUGACCAAGUAUGUAGUGUUACCUUCUCUCCGGAUGGUACCCAGAUUGCCUCAGCGACUUUUCUCAAGGUUCGGUUGUGGGAGGUGAGCUCAAGCCUGUCGAACGUCGAGUCACAAAGUCCGCUGGACCUUGCAUGGAAGGUGACCUACUCUUCAGAUUGCCGUACUGUCCUCUCUGCCGAUGGCCGCGGAACUGUCCAAAAGUGGGAUGUCAAGUCUGGAGCGUCCGACUCGAUUUCAAUCCAACGCCUAUAUCUUCAGUCGAUCAGAACCAGGGCAUUCUCUCCGGACGGGAAUCAACUGGCAGAAGGUGUCGAGGACUUCUCCAUUUUACUGUGGGACCUUCCAUCUGGUGCACCAGGACCAAUCCUGAAGGAACAUACGGACCGACUGUAUUCACUUUCUUAUUCGCCAUGUGGUCAUCGUCUCGCUUCAGCUAGCUGGGACCGUUCUGUACGGCUGUGGGACCUGCGCGAAACGGAGCAGAGUUUUUUGGUUGCAGAGUUGGAUCGCUCAGCGGAAUCGGUGGCAUUCUCCCCAUCAGGUCGUGGUCUUGCACUCGGCUCUUUUGGCGGGACGACCGUCAACGUUUUCGAUAUCCAGUCAAGGACGCUUACAUCCUUCAAGGGAUUGACAGGCCAGUCGAAUACUGUAUUCGCGUACUCGCCUCAUGGUCAACAGCUUGCCAUCGGGACUAUUGAAAAGUCUAUCCAUUUUUGGGACCUCCAGUCCAACAAACCCAACAUCGUCCUAAAAGCUCACUAUGGUCCAAUCUUCUGUAUCGCCUAUUCAUCGUGUGCGCAGUGGAUCGCCUCCUGCGGUAGCAGCGAUACUGUUCAACUUCGGCACCGACAACCUGGCGAGGCAGAGAGCUGGUCCUUCGUCACUUCGGUCCGCGGGUUCUUUGCUGAUGUUCUGGACAUCGCCUGGAACACGGUCGUUCCGACGGAGUUUAUAACUGGUUGCGCAGAUGGAUCCGUUCGAGCAUGGCGGAUUUCAAAUGACGGUGAUGGCGAGGGGUUUGUCGUCAAGUUUCUCUGGGGCCCCAAACUUAGCAUUCUUUGUGCCGAUGGUCUGGCACUCAAGGAUGCGACUGGCCUUAGUCCCAUCUACCAGAAAUUAUUGGUCCAACGUGGUGCCAUCGAGGAUGUCUAG